GUUGAAUAUCUGGCAACUCGUAAAGCGACGCUUGAACAUAUGCGGUAGUAGGAAGUGGUGAAUGAGGAGAGAACAUAGUGCUCGGGCGGUUAAAGGGGACUACGGGAAAUACAAUAUCCAUCAGAAUAAAUAGUCUUUGAUAGCAUACCUCCAUACCUCACUGCUAAAGAUGUCACCAGAUGAAUUAGUCUACCUAGGAAUCCUUGCUGCAUCAAUACCUGUAGGAUUCCUCUUCCGCUACCUAAGCCCUCCAGUCAAGCAGGGGGCAGCAUUGCUCUUGGGUUUGAUCAUCUCCAUUGCAACCUGUGGGAUCCACACUCUACACUCUUUCUUUACAGUGUUAGGAACAUGGCUGAUUAUAAAGAUCAGUUGGAGAAAUGCCCCUGCUCUGUCUUUGGGCUGGACGUUUUUGUACCUCCUCUUUUUCCGUCUGGUCACCUGGUUUGGCCUCCCUCAGCCAACACCAUUUGCCAAUGCCAUUCAGCUUCUUUUAACACUGAAGAUGGUCAGUUUAGCUAAUGAGGUUCAAAGUUUUCACUUGGAGAAGAAAAAGGAAGUGAGCGACUUCACCAAGUCCCCAGUUGUGGGAGGACUUUCCCAUGUACCUUCACUCUGUGACAUUAUAUCAUAUAGCUACUGCUAUGUGGGCAUAAUGACAGGUCCCUUCUUCCGCUAUCAGACAUAUGCAGACUGGUUGCAGCAGUCCAGUCCCCUGUCGCUGCCAGGUAAAGAGCCCUGCCUGCAGAGGCUGAAGAUGGUGCCCGUAUACGGAGCUCUCUUUAUGGCCAUCAACUUUGUCUUUCCUUUGUCCUAUGUUCGUACUGAAGAAUUCCUGGAGCACAACUAUUUUUACAGGGUUUUCUACAUGGUGGCAAUAUUCUUUGUAUUCCGGAUGCGUUUCUACUCCGCAUGGUGUGGGGCAGAGGCAGGCUGCAUCAGUGCAGGUCUAGGCUGUUACCCCCAGGGGGCGCUGUCCAAACCCGGAGGAGGACCAACGGUGAAAUAUAGUCCUGAUCCAGACACAGUUGUGGAGUACGACUUCAAAACCAUCCAGAACAUUGACUGUUAUAACACAGAUUUCUGCGUGAAGGUUCGGCAUGGCAUGCGCUACUGGAACAUGACGGUGCAAUGGUGGCUUCACCAUUAUAUCUACCCCAAUGCCCCUUUCAGAGCGUACGCUCUCAGGGCUGGUUGGACCAUGUUAAUCAGCGCUUACUGGCAUGGCCUCCAUGCUGGUUACUACCUCUCUUUUCUCACCAUCCCACUGUGCAUCGCAGCAGAAUCGGCCAUGGAGGCUUCCGUCAGAGCCCGUCUGGGACCGAAGGGCCAGAAUAUCUUCGACUGGAUCCACUGGUUCCUCAAGAUGAGGGCUUACGACUACAUGUGCAUGGGAUUUGUUCUUCUGAAGGCCAGCGACACCAUCAAUUACUGGAGCUCCAUAUACUUCAUAAUUCACAUUAUUGCUGUUGUUUGUAUAGGAGUAGGACAAAUAAUGAAAGGAGGGAAAAAGAGAGAGAGGAGGGAACGAGGUGAAGGAGAGAAGCAGGAUGUGAUAAGAGAGAAGGCUGAGUGAAACGAAUGUGUGAUGUGAUGAUUGUGUUGAUAACUGGAGAGUUGGUAUGUUUACAAAAAAAGAAAAAAAUCCCAACAUGCACUGUAAUAGCCAUCAACUGCCAUUUAACGGAUUUUGUUUUUUUUUAAAAACAACACAGAGAGACGAGUAAUGUAUGAACCCAAGGAUAUUAAACUUUAUUGUAUUAACAGUGAAAAUAGCUUUCAAAUAAUUUCCACUAUUUUAUGUUAUCAUUUGUUUUAUUAUUACAUAUAUUGAAAAAUGCUUCUUUUUGUUGUCCGGUGAAAAACGGUGGAACCUUUUAGAUUCAACCUGACCAGGUCAGUAUUGUUAAGUUACGUAAAUUUUUAUAAGUAGCUUGGAACAGUUGGGAAAAGGGUUGUAUAAUAUUUUAAUAGAGUUUCAGCUCCCACACAGAGUACUUAUGACUGAAUCCAUCCGUUUACACACACACACACACAAAGCUGAUGAAUGUUAGACCUGUAUCACUACGUUUGAGUGCAAAUUUGUGGAGAUUUACUCUCUGUAAUGAUGUCAUUGAGGUCGUACAAACUUUGUGAUAACAUUUUGGGAUCUUUAAUGGGACAUUAAAAGUUGGUCUGCUUUGUUUUUCAUCCAAUUCUGAGUAUCCAUUGAUGGUUAUAUAUCAUUAUUAUUUUUAUUAUUCUACAAAGAAUGUGAAAGUAGUUACAAACGUUCUUUUUCUCACUCUUUUCAGAAAGGAGGAGUGAAUGUUUUUGCUAUUUUGUUCGUCAUUUGCAGUCCUGUUCCAAAACAUUCAGAUUUUUUUGUUCUCUACACUGGAGGAUAGUGCUGGUGUGUAGUUUAUUGAUCGGUUCAGAUUGUAUGCUGGUUUCUGUAAUGUCUACCUGCUAUAUUUUAUCUCUAAUGUUUACCUUCUGGAGUAUUAAACACAUGAUGUGCCACUCAUAUCCUUCAAGGUUUUAUUUGAAAAAUCACAGUGUUUUCAAUAAAAUCACUGAUUUUUAUCCCUGCCAAACUUCCUUCUCCUGAUGUAUUUCUGUGUUUAGAUAAAAAAUAUUUUAAAAAGUA